GCCAUUCGGCCGGGAGUCGCUCCGCGCUCCCAGAAUGCACCGGCAGUCCGCGGGAAACCAAAAUGGCGAAGGGUUGUAGCGAAGUGGGCUGUGUUUGAGGCCGGUUUAGAACGCUCAUUCUGCCCCCAACCCUCGUCCCCAGGACCUCGGUUUGUGCGUGUGUUUGUGCGGGGUGCCCGGUGGGGCGGGUGCCCAGUAAGUGCUCGGACUCGCAGGGGAAGCCCCCACGGGGUCGUGAUUGGUUCUUUUUUCCUGUAUGAAGCGGUUGGCACCACUGAAGUGACCGAAUGAGAGACUCUACAGGGGCAGGUAAUUCACUGGUCCACAAGCGGUCUCCUUUACGCCGAAACCAAAAGACCCCAGCAUCCUUGACCAAGCUGUCUUUACAGGAUGGACAUAAAGUCAAAAAGCCAGCAUGUAAAUUUGAAGAGGGUCAGGAUGUCCUAGCUAGAUGGUCAGAUGGCUUGUUUUAUCUUGGAACUAUCAAAAAGAUAAACAUAUUGAAACAGAGCUGCUUCAUCAUAUUUGAAGACAGUUCUAAAUCCUGGGUUCUCUGGAAGGACAUUCAAACAGGAGCCACUGGAAGUGGGGAAAUGGUCUGUACAAUAUGUCAAGAAGAAUAUUCAGAAGCUCCCAAUGAAAUGGUUAUAUGUGAUAAGUGUGGCCAAGGAUAUCAUCAGUUGUGUCACACACCUCAUAUUGAUUCCAGUGUGAUUGAUUCAGAUGAAAAAUGGCUCUGUCGACAGUGUGUUUUUGCAACAACAACAAAGAGGGGUGGUGCACUUAAGAAAGGACCAAAUGCCAAAGCAUUGCAAGUCAUGAAGCAGACAUUACCCUAUAGUGUGGCAGAUCUUGAAUGGGAUGCAGGUCAUAAAACCAAUGUCCAGCAAUGUUACUGCUAUUGUGGAGGCCCUGGAGACUGGUAUUUAAAGAUGCUGCAAUGCUGCAAAUGUAAGCAGUGGUUUCAUGAAGCUUGUGUGCAAUGUCUUCAAAAGCCAAUGCUAUUUGGAGACAGGUUUUAUACAUUUAUUUGCUCUGUCUGCAGUUCGGGACCAGAAUACCUCAAACGUCUACCAUUACAGUGGGUAGAUAUAGCACACCUAUGCCUUUACAACCUAAGUGUUAUUCACAAGAAGAAAUACUUUGAUUCUGAACUUGAGCUUAUGACAUACAUUAAUGAAAACUGGGAUAGAUUGCACCCUGGAGAGCUGGCAGACACACCAAAAUCUGAAAGAUAUGAGCAUGUUCUGGAGGCAUUAAAUGAUUACAAGACCAUGUUUAUGUCUGGGAAAGAAAUAAAGAAGAAGAAGCAUUUGUUUGGGUUGCGAAUUCGUGUUCCUCCUGUGCCACCAAAUGUGGCUUUCAAAGCAGAGAAAGAACCUGAAGGAACAUCCCAUGAAUUUAAAAUUAAAGGCAGAAAGGCAUCCAAACCUAUAUCUGAUUCAAGAGAAGUAAGCAAUGGCAUAGAAAAAAAAGGAAAGAAAAAGUCUGUAGGUCGUCCACCUGGCCCAUACACAAGAAAAAUGAUUCAGAAAACUGCUGAGCCACCUUUGGAUAAGGAGUCAAUUUCAGAGAAUCCUACUUUGGAUUUACCUUGUUCUAUAGGGAGAACUGAGGGAACUGCACAUUCAUCUAAUACCUCAGAUGUGGAUUUCACGGGUGCUUCCAGCGCAAAAGAAACUACCUCGUCUAGCAUUUCCAGGCAUUAUGGAUUAUCUGACUCCAGAAAAAGAACUCGUACAGGAAGAUCUUGGCCUGCUGCAAUUCCACAUUUACGGAGGAGAAGGGGUCGUCUUCCAAGAAGAGCACUCCAGACUCAGAACUCAGAAAUUGUAAAAGAUGAUGAAGGCAAAGAGGAUUACCAGAUUGAUGACCUCAACACGGAGAUUUUGAAUAACUUAGCAGAUCAGGAGUUACAACUCAAUCAUCUAAAAAACUCCAUUACCAGUUAUUUUGGUGCUGCAGGUAGAAUAGCAUGUGGUGAAAAAUACCGAGUAUUGGCUCGUCGGGUGACACUUGAUGGAAAGGUGCAGUAUCUUGUGGAAUGGGAAGGAGCAACUGCAUCCUGACUGUAGGACUGAACAUUAUGUUCACUGCACUCUCAUUUUCUGUAGGUACAGUUCAAAGCCCUAAAGGAGUCUGGCUUUUACUAUCUUUCUUAAAAAAAAAAAAAAAAAAAAAAAAAAAGUCAAAAAAAAUCACAUAAGGAGAUGAUACUAGCCUUAACAUGUACCUGUCAAUGUUAUGGAUAUUGUCAUAAAAAGAUAUCUUUUAAAAAUCAGAACAGAGACUUAAUUUUUUAAAUCUUAAGAUUUGUAGAAUGUUUCUAGGAUAGGGUAUUAAAAAUGAUUCAAACCCAUGCAUGGUGUUAGAUAAUUUUUCUAAUUAUUCCAUUGAGUCAGUUUUUGUGGUUAGUGGUUAUCAGAGCAAACAGAUCAUGUAGAUAGAUAGCACAAGUAUUUGGAAAAACAUUGUCUGUUUUGUUACCAAAAUGUUGGAAAAAAAUUUAUUUCAGUACCUUUUAGAUUUCAUAAAGUGCAGUGUAUAUAAUGCCUACUAAAAGACUGUAAAAUAUUGAAAUUUUCUUUCAAGCAAAGUGUAAAAAAUAUAUUGAGCCUGUAAAUUGCUCUGUGACUAGA